CUUAAAAAUGUGUUUAUGGCUUUUAGAUUUUGUAUCAUUUAGCAAGGUCUUCCCCAGUUGGAGAGUAUAAAAAAGAAUUCAUGGUUUAAAAAAUGUAUUUUAAAAAGUCUUUGAUCCAUCUGGAAUUGUAGAAUAAGAUUAGGAGGUAUGCAGGUUUACUUUUGAGGCAAAAGUAUGUAUAAAGUAACACUUUUCUAUAGAAAACUUGGGAAAAUACAGGAGGGAAUGAAAAUGAACCCCAAUCCCAGCACCUUGUUAUCUAUAACAACUGAGAUCAUGCUUAUGCUGGGAUUUCAAUUUUUUUCACUUGAGAUUAAAAUACAAACAUAGGUUUAGAAUAUAUUUUAAUGUAUUUAAUGUUUUUAUGGGUAAAAGUAGGUAUAUAUAUUUAUGGGGUGCAUGAGAUGUUUUGAUACAGGCAGGCAAUGCACAAUAAUCAUAUCAUGGAGAAUGGGGUAUCCAUCCCCUUAAGCAUUUAUCCUUUGUGUUACAGACACUCCGGUUGUACUCUUUUAGUUAUUUUUAAAUGUACAAUUAAGCUAUUGUGGACUAUAGUCACCCACACCCUAUUGUGCUGUGAAAUAAGUCUUAUUCAUUUGUACUAUUUUUUUGUGCCCAUUACCCCCACACUACCUUUCCCAGCCUCCGAUAACCAUCCUUCUACUCUCUAUCUCUACAAUAAUUUUAAAUGGUUGUUUAAAAAGGGUGUCAACAUUUUUGUUUUUAAACCAUCCCAAACCGUCCCUUUAAAGGAAUGCAUGACGAGAGGGUUGCCUUUAAAUCUUGCACAAUUAAAAGAAAAGCGUUUUCUCUGAGGCAGCUGAUCUCAGGAAAUCUUGCACGAUUUUGAAGAUGCCCGUUUCCCAUAAGACCCGGCCCUGCGGGGGCACUUGGCGGGUCUUGGCAGAGCGAAGGGGCUGGGCCCUGCUCCGGGAGGGCGCACUGCAGGGGCCCGGGCCUGGCGCGGCUGCAGCACCUCCUGGCGGCAGGAGUGCGGCGGGGGAGGCGCCAGGAGGCCCCUGCCCCGGCUGCCAUCACCCUGGGGUCUGUCCCUGGCCUGGGGCAGAGCCCUUUUGCUCGAAGUCCUUUAAUCGCUAAGGAGCUUUCCCAGACUCUUCCCUCUGCAGGCCCGCUGGCCUCUGACGCAUGUCCCCUCUGCGGAGCGUUUGGGCACUGCAGGAGCCCUGGUUGGCACAGGCCGCCCCGCGUUCCCAGCUGGGGAAGGAAGGCGGGCGGUCAGGCAGGGGGAAAGAAAGCGGGAGGUGGGGCGGGGUGCUGUCCGUCCCCAUGGCCUUGUCGCCCGCGGGGCUGUUUCCAGGACUUGGGGACUUCCGGGGUUGCGCUGUUGUGUCAGGCCGUUGGGCCGCCGAGGGGUGUCGCUGCGCCCGCUGCCCCGCGCGGCCCUUUAAACUUUGUUUUUUAAACUUCGGGGGUGUGGUCGCGGCGCCUCCCCUCUCGGCGGCUGGCAGUCCUUGCCUCUGCCCCGCCUUCCAGAUGCUUUGGAGUCAUGAGCCGGGAGGGCGCGGGGGCAGCUUUGGUAGCCGAGGUGAUCAAAGAUCGCCUUUGUUUUGCCAUUCUCUACAGCAGACCAAAGAGUGCAUCAAAUGUACAUUAUUUCAGCAUAGAUAAUGAACUUGAAUAUGAGAACUUCUACGCAGAUUUUGGACCACUCAAUCUGGCAAUGGUUUACAGAUAUUGUUGCAAGAUCAAUAAGAAAUUAAAGUCCAUUACAAUGUUAAGGAAGAAAAUUGUUCAUUUUACUGGCUCUGAUCAGAGAAAACAAGCAAAUGCUGCCUUCCUUGUUGGAUGCUACAUGGUUAUAUAUUUGGGGAGAACCCCAGAAGAAGCAUAUAGAAUAUUAAUCUUUGGAGAGACAUCCUAUAUUCCUUUCAGAGAUGCUGCCUAUGGAAGUUGCAAUUUCUACAUUACACUUCUUGACUGUUUUCAUGCAGUAAAGAAGGCAAUGCAGUAUGGCUUCCUGAAUUUCAACUCAUUUAACCUUGAUGAAUAUGAACACUAUGAAAAAGCAGAAAAUGGAGAUUUAAAUUGGAUAAUACCAGACCGAUUUAUUGCCUUCUGUGGACCUCAUUCAAGAGCCAGACUUGAAAGUGGUUACCACCAACAUUCUCCUGAGACUUAUAUUCAAUAUUUUAAGAAUCACAAUGUUACUACCAUUAUUCGUCUGAAUAAAAGGAUGUAUGAUGCCAAACGCUUUACGGAUGCUGGCUUCGAUCACCAUGAUCUUUUCUUUGCGGAUGGCAGCACCCCUACCGAUGCCAUUGUCAAAGAAUUCCUAGAUAUCUGUGAAAAUGCUGAGGGUGCCAUUGCAGUACAUUGUAAAGCUGGCCUUGGUCGCACGGGCACUCUGAUAGCCUGCUACAUCAUGAAGCAUUACAGGAUGACAGCAGCCGAGACCAUUGCGUGGGUCAGGAUCUGCAGACCUGGCUCGGUGAUUGGGCCUCAGCAGCAGUUUUUGGUGAUGAAGCAAACAAACCUCUGGCUGGAAGGGGACUAUUUUCGUCAGAAGUUAAAGGGGCAGGAGAAUGGACAACACAGAGCAGCCUUCUCCAAACUUCUCUCUGGCGUUGAUGACAUUUCCAUAAAUGGGGUCGAGAAUCAAGAUCAGCAAGAACCCGAACCGUACAGUGAUGAUGACGAAAUCAAUGGAGUGACACAAGGCGAUAGACUUCGGGCCUUGAAAAGCAGAAGACAAUCCAAAACAAACGCUAUUCCUCUCACAGUAAUUCUUCAAUCCAGUGUUCAGAGCUGUAAAACAUCUGAACCUAACAUUUCUGGCAGUGCAGGCAUUACUAAAAGAACCACCAGAUCUGCUUCAAGGAAAAGCAGUGUUAAAAGUCUCUCCAUUUCAAGGACUAAAACAGUCUUGCGUUAAGUAAAAACCUGUGACCAGAGCUGAAGGAAGACUCUAGGACUGAAAACUGCAACAGAAAUUAGCACAAUUUGAAAACAAAACAAAAUUGCAAAAGCCUUAGUUGCUUUUUCCACCUAAGAAGUUGAUCAAUGGAGAAAAUGUCCACUGGAGUUUGAAUAAUGAACUUUGAGUUUGGGUGCAAGCGAAUGACUCAGAGAAGGGUCCAGCUCUCAAGCUGAACGACAAACAUGCUGUUGUAAAUUUAGUCUCAGGUGUAAAUACCCAAGCCCUCUGGUACCCAGGGAGCUGGCUGGUCUGUGGUGCAUGUGUGUCCUUGUGAUGGCAAUCAUUGUAGUUGCUGGCCUUCAGAAGAAUUGAGGAUCUGAUGGAGGUUUUUUAUGUAUUUAUUUUCUGUUCACCUUGUGACCCUGUGUCAAAAUUUAUAAAGAUACAAAAGGCAUUACUGAAAUGGUACUUUCGUAAUUUGAUACUAUUUGGCUUAAUCAUCUUCACUUGACUAUUUGUAAUACUGUUGUAAUGUUAACUCUGUUAAGUACCCAAGCUGCUUGUCUUCCACCAAAGAGUGCUUUAUUAACAAGAAUCUGUGAAAAUCACAUUUAAACACUGUUGCAUGUUGUAAGACCAGGUGGUACCUUAGUAACCUAAAACUUGCAAGAGAAUAUUAAUGGUAGCUUUAGAAGACUCAGGAGGAGAAACUGACUUCAGAGUUGGAAGAUGUUGCAAGUCGUUCCUUUUUCUGUCCUUCAGGGACUGAAGAACUGGGAGGCUGCCCAUUGUUUGGUUGCCAGUCAUACAAAUUAAAAUCAUAUUUCCUUCCAUGCAUGGAAGAAACACACUAUUGGUUUUUCCCCUUGGAAACAGCAAUCCCAAAUAAUGUCGGCUUACAAAAAAAAAGUUACCACUUUUUUAGAGUCCUUCCCUGUAACAUUGGAUUUUUUUUUUCCCUUAUGAGAUCCACCUAAGGCCAUUGACGUGGCCUGCGAUCUCAGUGACAAUGAUCUGCUUCUGGAUCUCACUGUUGCCUUUGGUUAGGGAACACAACUAGUAACUCUGCAGAGUGCCUUCUCCCGCAGCCCUACUGGAACACAGCAGAGUCUGUGCCAUGAAGCAAUUACAGAAACAGAAUUGAUGUGCUGCUAAAAAAAAAAAAAAUGGGGCCCGAAAUAAAAGAAUAUAUAGUACUCACCUCAGUUCCUUCCAUAAGAAGUGGGUGGUUUAAUGAUUGUUAAGCCAUUUUUGCCUGUGCCGGGAGCAUGGAGGGCUGAGAUGUCAACAGGCAGUGGGAAACAAAUGCCCUCCUAAGCCACAAGGCGUGCGCCAGAUCAGUAGGCAACUCCAUUUUAAGAAGCUGCCUUUUUCACAAAACUGGAAGAAAUAAAAGCGGUUGGAAUAAACAAGUUAAAAGUCUUUAAUGCAAAAAGUAAUUGAAAGGCAGUGCCUCCAUUUUGGUGUACUUUCUUGGAAGAAAGUAUAAAAUUGACCGGCAUCAUGAGAGACGGAAGAUGCUGUGUUCUCAGCCAAACAAGCAACUCUUUCCCCGCCAGGCACUGUCGGGUGGGGUCAGGCCAGCUUUUAAACACUGGGGACUGGAUCACAGAAAAACAGUGGUUUUCUGUCCCUGGAAAUGAAUAGGCACAAAGACCCACUUGGCUGUGGGCAGACUACUCUUCAAUAAGAUUUGGGUGGGAGGAGGAACAUUCCUUUUGCUAUUUUGAGCUGAGACAGUAUAAAUAUUCAAACUGUGCCAUGCAUAAAGCAUUGAAUUCUCAGGGCACCUCUUCUUCCCCUUACCCCUUUUAAGGCCAUCCCCUCCAUUAAUAAUAAUCCAGGUAGUUGUGAAAAUCGUGCUUCUAUCUGAUCCCUUCUUAGUUUGGCUUUUCAUCCCAUCAGAACAAGUAAACGUAGGCGCCACAGCUCUUGUGAGUACUGUCUCCCUCACGGUGAAUGAGCCUCCUGGUGUUUCGUCCAAGAAAAGAAAGGGUGUCAGUGCAACCACAGCCCUUUUUCAUUUUAUAAACUGCCUCUUCAUGUUGCCUGCUCAAGUUUCCACCUAGAAUUGCUAUCACUGUGGCUCUUUCUAAAAAUCUUUCUAUUUAACUGGUUCACUGAAAUUAGUCAUAGAAAACUUGUGAUUUGGUGAAGAGGCAUUCCUUGUAAUAACCAAAUGACUUGGGAUGGUUUGCAUAGCAACAGUGUUACACUUAUGAGGACUGUCUCUAGCAUCCAGGAAGUCUCUGGGUCUGAGGGAUGGAAAGUUCUUCCUGCUAUGAAUGAGAGUGGACUCUUCCCCUCACCCCCAGCUGAAACCACAAACAACCAGAAUCUUCUGGAAUUCUGACUUAGAGUCGUUGUUAUAGAAGACCUUGUUGCUAUGGAACAUGAAACUGUGUGUCAGAUGGAGAGAUCCCCUUAACCUAAGAGCCUUAAAUAGCCCUGAAAGUACACCGGGACAGUUUGCAAUGGAAUUAAAAUUGGAAGUGAAUAUUUUAGGUGCUCUUGAAGCUUUCUGGGGACUCAAAAUUAUUGAGUCAGGAACAGUCCGGAGGAAGAGCGUCUGCAAAACUGGGUUCCUAGAAGUACAGACGGACGUAGCUUUUUGUAGAAUUUGGUGGGGAGCAGCGCCUCGUGAGAGCAGAAUGGCCUGGCGUGGCCAGUGCUUCCCGGCAGCACGCGGCUCUGCCGGCCUUCAGAAUUCCCCUGUUCUGAGCUUGAUGCCCCUAGCCUGUCCCCUACCUACUUCCUCCCCUCCUCUCUAGCCCUCUCACAGGGGUGAUUGCUACCUCUCUCUUUUCUUGGGCCUAGGCAAGUUUUAGAGGAGUUCCCAAGCAUUGUUAUGAGGCCAGUGUGCUCGAGGCCAGUGUGCUCCCUGGGCGGGAUGGCCUGGGCUUGUGUGUGGCCUGAGGGCUCUCCUGGGGCCUUCUCUUUUCCCAGUCACCUUUGGAGCCACAGAAGCAGUGCACUCAUUGGAUGUCUGUUCUUAACACAGCUUCUCUUUCUACAUUAAAAAAAAUCAUUAUUGCAUUUUGGAAAGCAGUGCUCAUCAAAAGCAACUUUUAAAACCUAUUUUAUUGUUCCUUUAAAUGUUCUCUCCCACUGAAACUGCCCUGGAGAGGCUAUCUGCUGCUCUUCCAUUUCCCCACAUCAGGGUAUUCUCCAUGUCACUCAGUGGAGAUGACUCCAGAUGUGUUUAAAGACUGGACAAUUCACCUAUACUGUGUAGGAAAUUACCUCCUUAAUUACCUGGUAGAAUUGUCAGCAGACAUGUUCAUCCGAUGAUAGUACUGCAGUUUUCUAUUAAUAAUUUGCAGACUUUUAUCUAACCUGCACUCAUGUACAGAUUAUUAAAAGUUUUAAAAUGUAACUGAUCAGUAUUGAUCAAUCAUUGUCUUGAUUUUUUUUUACAGCGUAUAUUUCUAAUCAUAUUUUUUAAAGCCAAGAGAACUGGUUGAAUGAAUGUUUAUUUUCCUGAAGGUAUUUUUAAGAUAAAGCUUCCUAAUGGCGUGUAAACUUUGCAUAUGUAUGUAGUUUGAUACAUACUGUCACAUUUGAAAAUCUUGUGGGUUGUAACUGGUUUUAUACAAAAUAUCGAAUAGUGGAAAUUGUAUAAUUACAAUCAUGUAAUUAAAAGUAUUAACCCAA